AUGUUCACGAACCCCUUUUUCCGUUCAGCAAAAGCCGAUGCAGCCUGGCACCGCGUUGGGUUGCUCUCCGACUUCCCUGAGAUCUCUCCAGAUUCCGACUGCCAGGUCACAUCAUCAUGCAAGACGUUCCGAAUCCCCACUGGCACAACCGAGAAACCGGUUGAGACGGAUAUUGGCCUACCGGGUGACCUGAAAGACCAAGUCUUAGUGUUUCGGUAUAAAGGGAAUGUUCAUGCUAUUGAUCAUCAAUGCCCGCACUCUUCCUACCCCCUCUCGCAAGGGAGUCUAUUUGAUAUAGAAGACUUUGGCAUCACGCUCAGUGCGGGGAUAACAUGCCCUAAGCAUGGGUGGGGGUUUGAUAUCUUCUCUGGCAAGGCGGAUCGAGGGAACUACAAGUUGAAGAUCUGGGAGGCGCAAGUGAGAGAUGGGCCGGAUGGCAAGCCUGAUGAGAAGGAGGUCUGGGUGAGGAGGAAGCAGCGGAUUGGUUAG